UCAAAAACCAAAAGAUACAAGAACUUUGUCUAAUAAGCAAAAUCAGCAAAAAUCUAAAGAUACAAAAGGCUCAUCUAACAAACAAAAGUGCAAUUAUUGUAGCUAUUAUAAGAAUUCAGGUCAUAAUAUUGUAAUAUAUCCAGAAAAAG